AUGAAAAAGAUGCCAGAUGGAACAUUAAUUGUGAUGCAACCGCAUACCAAUCAUGAGCGUGAAAACAAUGAUAUUCAGUUAGUAGAUGAUCUUAAAAAUAUUUUAAAAAGAAGAGCGGUUUCAGACAGUGUACAAUUGAAGUUAAUUUAUGAUGAAGAGUGCCGAAGACAUCCGUUGGCAGCAAACUUGUAUCCAUGGUCUACUGCCGAAUCACUAAUGCGCUUAGCUCGUAGAUCAUCGAUGCCUCCUUUACCAGACAAUUUAGUGCAACUGGCAAUCAUUUUUGAAAAUGGACAGUUACCAAGGUAUAACUGCUGUGAUGUUUCAAUAUUCAGGAGUUGUGUGCAAGAUAUAGACGGGAAAAACAAUAUGAUAUUUGCAUGCCAAGUAUUAAUCCAGAAUAUUGUUAAUACGAAUAUAGAAGAACUCCAUGUUGAUGGUACAUUCAAGGUCGUUCCAGCUAGAAUGGGAUACCAAAUGUUAUCUAUUCAUGUUAUGAUACAAAAUUAUUCUUUACCAAUAAUAUUUGUAUUAAUGGAAGCAAAAACCAGAAACUCUUACGACACAGUUUUCCAUUAUAUUAAAAAUAAUCUUUUACCGAAUACAUCACCAACUACAAUUGUAACCGAUUACGAAACAGCAUUGAGGGAUGUACUCCAGUCGUAUUUUCCAGGAGUACGGACCUCAGGUUGUUGGUUCCACCAUAAUCAGGCUGUUUUCAAAAAUAUGAAGAGUAGGGGAUAUUAUAGGCUUAUAAAAACUAACGAAAACGCAUUAAAAAGUCUAAAACUUUUAUUCGGAUUACCACUAUUGCCAGCUCAAGAUAUUGAGAGAGGUUUUAGAUUAAUAAAAAUGUUUGCGAUUAACCACGGUGUAGCGAUGGAUGAUUUAUUCAGCUAUUAUGAAAGGUAUUGGUUGCGCCGUGUAGGUGCUCAGAUUAUGUCAGUGUAUGGGCUUCCAAGGAGAACAAAUAACAAUCAUGAGAGCUUCCAUAACCAAUUAAGGUUGAAAUUCUCUGUGACACAUCCUAAUUUAUGGAUAUUCUUAGGUAAAUAUAUCAAUAUUUAUAAAUUAUUGUCAGUAGACGUUAUAAUUGAUGUAUAA